CUUUUAAGUAAUAAGAAGUGGCCAAAGUGUUUUCUUUCACUCACAUUCUUCCUGCUUUCAGCAGCUCAGGUGCUUCAAGCCUCAUACCACACUGGAGAAACGAGAAAGAAAGAAUGAGAGUGUCGAGUGGAGCACAAGAAGCUACUGCAGUAGAUAUCAGGCUUGAAAACACUGAGGUUGUCUCUCAGGAAGAAGUAUCUUUGGAGCAAAAGAACGUUGACUACUCAGCAGAAAGGAAACAGACACUGCAAGCGCGUUAUACGUAUGGUACCAUCUUCUUGAUAACAAAUCUUAUGGCUUGGUUUGUCCGCGACUAUGGGCAAAAGGUUUUACCUCAGCUACACUACCCAACAGCUUGUGGUACCGAGGGGCACGAUUGUUUUCGGACACUGGGAGUACUUCGCGUGAGUUUAGGAUGUUUUAUAUUUUUCUUUCUAAUGUUUCUUACUACAUCUAAAACAAGGAAAUUGUUUCAAGUUCGCAAUACCUGGCAUUCAAGAUGGUGGGCGUUUAAGUUUUUCCUGUUUGCCGUAUCAGUGACAGUUCCAUUCUUCUUCUCUCCAGAUUUUAUUCAAUUAUAUGGUGAAUUUGCUCGUGUUGGUGCAGGGAUUUUUCUCAUCCUACAACUUGUAAGUGUUAUCCAGUUUAUCCAUUGGUGGAAUAAUUACUGGAUGCCUGAUAAGGAAAGGAAGCAAAGCUGCUCCCUUGGGUUAUUAAUGUCUACGAUUUUCUACAUUGCUUCCAUAUGUGGAAUUGUGUCAAUGUACCCGUUAUAUGCGCAAAGACUUUUGUGCACACUCAACAUAUUUUUCAUCACAUGGACUGCAAUUCUGCUAAUUGUGAUGAUGGUAGUAUCCUUGCAUUCAAAGGUCAACCGAGGUCUUUUAUCUUCAGGGAUAAUGGCAUCUUACAUUGUUUUCCUCUGUUGGUCAGCAAUCAGAAGUGAACCUGCCACUUCCAAAUGCAACACACACAAGCCAGUGAAUGGAAAUGGUGAUUGGACCACCAUAGUUGGCUUCCUGAUAGCAAUAUGUGCAAUUGUCAUGGCAACCUUUUCCACCGGGAUUGAUUCAAAAUCAUUUCAGUUCCGCAAAGAUGAAGUUCAACAGGAAGAUGAUAUUCCUUACACGUAUGGAUUUUUCCAUCUGGUAUUCUCCUUGGGAGCCAUGUAUUUUGCGAUGUUAUUCAUCAGUUGGAACCUAAAUAACUCGGCCAGAAAGUGGAGCAUUGAUGUUGGCUGGGCAAGUACAUGGGUGAAAAUAGUCAAUGAGUGGUUUGCUGCCACUAUAUACUUGUGGACUCUGAUCUCCCCAGUCGUGAUACAGAACAAAGUCAUGGAUCAUGUUGAGCCUGUGCAACAGAUAGAUGAGUCAGCUAUGCCAUGAUUGGCUUUCUCAUUUCUUCUUGUAAUCAUUCUUUGUGGAGACGUCAUUCUUCAAUUAACAUAAAUAAAACAAAAAAAUGGCAUUAGUUGAGAACAAGAUGCGAUGUAAUUUCCAGUGUCAAUCUCAUUAUCCUAAACACCCUUUUGACACAAACUCAGCAGAAGCUUGUCAAAUGCACAAGAAUUAUAAGGUCAUGUUAUGUAUUUGGAUACCGUACGUGUACUUACGUUUUCAUGGUACUCAUUGGCCAAAUUAUUAGUUAUGACACGGCUUUGGUGUAGUUGUACCCGACACACUGAGGUCAAGGAAAAUCACUACUACCCAUCUCCCACCUCUGCAGUGCAUGCCAACAAUCCAGCUUCCAAGAGGACACAGAACAAAAAACAAACAGACAAACUUGAAAGGAUUUGCUGGGUAAUUAUUGUUUGUCAUGACAACUUAUUCCAUUGAAUUAUGAUUUUAAAAACUUAAAGUUCAACAGUUUCAAAAGGAGAUGUAUUUCGUAAUUUAAUUUCCUCCUUUUCAAGACAUCAUUGUCGAUUGUUAUCCCUACACAAGUCAGGCAUGAUCAUAUUUCACAAAAGGAACAACUUGUAGAAAACAUGGAGCUUGGGAUGGCUCAAGGUGAUGAAUUAUAAUUCAGAUUAAAA